AUGUCUGACAAAGCCAUGCACGGAGAUGAGGUGGCAAAGCACAACAGCGAAGAGUCGUGCUACGUCAUUGUUCACGGACAAGUGUACGAUGUGACCGAAUUCCUGCCAGAACAUCCAGGAGGUAAAAAGAUCAUCCUGAAGUAUGCGGGCAAAGAUGCUACGGAAGAGUACGACCCCAUCCACCCGCCCGGCACGCUGGAGGAGAACUUGCCAAAGGAGAAAUGCUUGGGCAAGGUGGAUAUGAGCACUGUGAAGAAGGAGGAGAAGAAGGAAUCGGCAGAAGACAAGCAGGUGGCCAAAGCUAAAGACGAGCUGCCACCGCUCGAGCUCUGCUUGAACUUGUACGACUUUGAGGUGAGCAUGCGGUCCGUGUAUCGGUGGAUGCACAUCCCCAUCACAUCUUGAUGCGCACUCUGAUCGCUCGCCUUCAUCCGCACGCUCCAUUUCGGGCCCUUGCGAAACGCAGGUGAUCGCGAAGAAGGUUCUCAAGGCACCUGCAUGGGCUUACUACUCGUCUGGUGCCGAUGACGAGGUGACUAUGCGAGAGAACAACAAUGCGUUUGGCAGGAUCUGGUUCCGACCUCGCAUCUUGCGCAACGUUGCCAACGUCGACUUUAGAACGUCAAUCUUGGGCGUAAGGACAUCGAUGCCCAUAUACGUCACCGCCACAGCUUUGGGCAAGUUGGGUCAUCCGGACGGAGAAAAGAAUCUGACGAUCGGUGCUGGAAGGGAGGAUGUGAUCCAAAUGAUUCCGACCUUGGCUUCCUGCAGCUUCGAUGAGAUUGUCGAUGCUCGAGUUCACGAUCAACAGCCUCAAUUCUUCCAGCUAUAUGUCAACUCGGACAGGACCAUCACGGAAAAGAUCAUUCGCAAAGCCGAAGAUCGAGGCAUCAAAGCCCUCUUCAUCACAGUCGAUGCGCCACAGCUGGGUCGACGAGAGAAGGACAUGAGGGUCAAAUUUGAAGAUGUAGGGUCUCGAGUACAGAAUGAUGGCAAGGAUAAUGUGGACCGGAGCCAAGGAGCGGCUAGAGCCAUCUCCAGCUUCAUCGACCCUUCCCUCAACUGGGACGAUCUCAAUUGGCUGCGAAGCGUCACUCGUCUGCCCAUCAUCCUAAAGGGUGUGCAGACUUGGGAAGAUGCUGUGCGCGCAGCAGAGCUGGGUCUAGGAGGUGUAGUUCUCAGCAACCACGGAGGGCGACAGCUAGACUUUGCGAGAUCGGGCAUCGAGGUGCUAGGAGAAGUGGUUGAGGCUCUCAAAGCUCGCAACCAGUUCCCUAACCCCAUGUUCCAAAUCUUUGUGGAUGGUGGUGUCCGUCGAGCAUCAGACGUGCUCAAGGCUGUAGCUAUGGGAGCGACGGCUUGCGGUAUCGGAAGACCCUUCCUUUACAGCUACGCCGCUUACGGACCGGACGGUGUGCAGCACGCCAUCAAAUUGCUCAAGGCGGAGAUGGAAAUGAACAUGAGACUCAUUGGUGCACCUACACUCAAGGACCUCGUACCUGAAAUGGUCGACACGAGAAGCUUGCACCAGCACAUUAGCGCAACGCCAGAUUCCAACCAAAGCCAAAUCUACGAGCGUUUGAGCACGGCGGUGGGCACUGUCAACAAACUCUAA